GCCAACAAGAUAUUCACGCGCUGCCUCUAUUUUCCGUUCGAGUUUUCUCUAUUCCUGACAUUUAAACAAUAUGUGGUACCCAGAAGAGAAGAAUGUCUCUUUUCUUUAUUUCAAGAUACGACCAUGAGCAGUCUUAUUUCUGUAGGCUUCUCCAAAGAUCGUGUGGUGUUUCGGUACAAAGGACAGAGAUACCGAUUCAAGAUUAUCAGCAUGGCAGCGGAGGUGGUUACCGUCACCAGAGACUGCAGGCAGCGGCGACGACGACCCCUCGCUACGGCAUUUCCAGACUUGCUGCCAGUGGUAAACACAUCUUUUAGUAUCGGCAGAUGUAAGCAGUCUUCUUCUGUUUUCCAGGGUUUGCUGAAGAGUGUGAUUCUGGUGCCUGGUAGAGACGCCUCUGUACAUGCAUGCCCACCAGAGAUGGACCUCGCACAAGGACUGGGCAACAUCGUCCGGACAUUCCCAGGUUUGUGGACAGUAUGUAGUCGCUCCUCCCUGACGCCAUUUUACACCACACCUGUCAUGUGUGAGUGGACAGAUGUGGGAAACAUCGCCUUUGAUGUGUAUGCCAGAAAGUUGAAAGUCUGUGUCAAUGGAGUCUGGCGGGAGGUCAAGGUCAGCCCAGACAAGAGGAAACUAGACUACCUGUUGCCGCACCAGCUGUUGGAUACCGGACAGGGAGUGUUGGACAUUGAGGUCUUUGAGAUCCCUGGCGAGGGAACAUUCGCAGCGUAUGCCUCGGCGGGAUUGCAGACGUCAGUUCAGUCCAGGUCCAACAUCUACCACUGGGCAGACAGCAAGCUGACCUUGUAUCAGACCCUCCCGACCCAGUCAGCCCAAGCCUGGAAGUUCUUCUCUAUCAGAAACCAGUUUUUCCUUGCAGUGGCCAACUAUGGAAUCAACCCGUCCAUUCCGUCAAACUCCACCAUCUUCAAGUGGAAUAAAGUCCGGAAAAAAUUCCACAAAUAUCAGGAUAUUGUCACAUACACGGCCCGAGAUGUGGAAGCGUUUGAGAUCAAUGGCCAUUCUUAUCUUGCGGUGGCUAAUCACGCUCAAGGUGAUAACAAUCAGAUUGACUCCAUUGUUUACAAGUGGUCGAGUCGAGAGCGCCAGUUUCUGGAGCACCAGCGGCUGUUGACCAUUGGGGCCUACGACUGGACACACUUCACAGUGGAUGGCUACCAUUUUCUGGCCGUAGCCAAUGCAUUCUCUGGCUUGACAACUCUGGUCUUCUCCGUCCUCUACUUCUGGCAAAACAGUUCCUGGAUCCAAUUCCAAACAUUAGAGGUAGACACGUUAAAUACAGCCUAUUGUUCAGUUACAUCUUUACACUUCACUAUCAACAACGACCACUACCUCGCUGUGGCAAACGCUUACAACUACGGCAGUCAGAACUACCAGGAAAUCGACAGCUACAGGACAAACUCCACUAUUUACAAACUGGACAGGGACAAGCGGGUCUUCACCAGAUACCAGAGCAUCUGCACUAACAGUGCCGUCGACUGGGAGUACCUCCAUGUCGGAGACGACCACUACCUCAUAGUCUCCAAUGCUCAAAAUGGAGGCGCAGGAGAUAGACUUCUCACUUUCGUACCCUCACAUUACCUGCAUACCUUGCCGAAUGCCGACUUUGAAGUGAUCAAAGAUGGUUCAGAUAUCUACCUCCUUUAUGCAAAUGCUAAAAAUGCAAAAUCGGAAGUUCUACGGGUCAAAUUUUUAUGA